AUGAGUUCUAUGAACUCGCGCCUAAAAGCCUUCGGUUUUGGUAAACGCAAGUCCACCGCCAGCAUCCACGGAGGCCCCGACCCGCCCCAGACCAGUACCCCUCCUCCCCAAAUACCGCAGCAGUUCCCGACUGGUCCUGGCCCUGCUGCUCCCUCCAUCGCCUCCAACUCUUCACAGCAGAGUCUCCCGAUGAACCACCCGGGCCCUGGUCCUCGCCCGCCGAGCUACACGGCCAACUUCCCUCCCCAGGGCGGUCCCCAAGCACCUCUCGGUCGCACCAGCCCUCUGACCGGCCAAGGCCCAACGCGCACUCCCCCUUCACAGAUGAUCGGUGGCCCCCCGCCCAUCAACACCGGCGCUCCUGUCGCAGGAUACCCGCCCCCGAUGCAGAUACCAGGAGGCCCCCCGCCCGUCCCUGGCGGUCCUCCAGGCUACGGAGGAGGCGCCGGCUAUCCUCCUCCGGCCCCCCCACAGCAGGGCCAGCCCAUGCCCACGGCGCCCUUCCGUGGCAAUCCAGCGGCCGAGGUGGAGGGUAACAGCCGAAGCAAGGCCCAGCUGAUUGUCGGAAUCGACUUUGGAACCACCUUCUCGGGUGUCGCCUUCGCCUUUGCUACUAACAAUGAAGCGAAAGAAGACAUCAUUACUGAGUGGCCGGGUGCUGGUUCUUACACAAAGCAGAAGAUUCCCACGGUGCUCUACUACGAUCAGUACCAGAAAGUCGUCGGUUGGGGUCCCGACAUCGCAGAUGCUCUAGCGCCCACCGGAUACCCGAAGCCUGGGGUGCAGAAGGUGGAAUGGUUCAAGCUGCAGCUGAUGCUGUCGGGCAACACCUACAUCGACCCCAUCAACCUGCCGCCACUGCCCCCAGGAAAGUCCGAGAUUGAUGUCGCGGCCGACUACCUGUUCAAGCUGCGCCAAGCCAUGCGGGCCGCCCUGCAGAAGACCCUCGGCGAGGUCUUCAACCGGGAGGAGCGCAACAUCCGGUACUACCUGACGGUGCCCGCCAUUUGGAACGACGCCGGGAAGGCGGCCACCCGCGCCGCCGCCAUCCAGGCCGGCUUCCUGAGGGACGAGAACGACAACCGCCUGACCCUGGUCAGCGAGCCCGAAGCCGCCGCCCUGUUCUGCUCCAAGACGGGCCUGCUCAACCUCAAGGUCCACGACGCUGUGCUCAUAGUAGAUUGCGGCGGUGGUACCGUCGAUCUGAUCGCCUACGAGGUCGAGGACGAGAACCCCUUUACUGUUGCCGAAUGCACGGCUGGGUCUGGUGAUUCGUGCGGUAGCACCGCGCUGAACCGUAACUUCAGCAACAUUCUGCGCACCAAGAUCCGGAAGAUGAAGCUGCCCGACGGGUCCAAGACGGCCGGCCGCGUCUACGCCAAGUGCAUCAUGGACUUUGAGAACCGGAUCAAGGCCGACUUCCGCAACAACGGCCAGAAGUGGGCCGUCGAUGUCGGCAUCGAGGCCGAGUUCCCCGAGGCCGGCAUCGAGGAGGGCUACAUGACCUUUACCAACGAGGAGAUUCUCCAGUGCUUCGAGCCCGUUGUGAACCGGAUUCUCGAGCUCGUGCGGAACCAGAUCAUCGCGAUCCAGGCGCAGAAUAGGACGCUGCAGAACAUCCUGGUCGUCGGUGGUUUCGGUGCCUCCGAGUACCUCUUCCAGCAGAUCAAGCUGCACGUGCCUCCCCAGUUCCAGUCCAAGGUCGUGCGGCCCAUGGACUCGGUCGCCGCGAUCGUCAAGGGCGCUGUCACUGCCGGUAUUACCGAGCGUGUCAUCACCCACCGCAUCGCGCGCCGCCACUACCUCAUGGCCACUCUCCAGCCCUUCAAGGAGGGCUACCACCCCGAGGCCUACCGUGUGCCCUCCCUGGACGGCAAGGACCGCUGCAAGUUCACGCGGCAGAUCUUUGUGCAGAAGGGCCAGAAGGUCAAGAACGGCGAGCCCGUCAAGGUUUCCUUCUUCCGCCAGGUUGCCCCUGGCGCCACCCUCAUGUACGAGGAUAUCCUCUACGCAUGUGACGACGAUGUCUGCCCCGAGUAUACUAAGGAUCCUCGUAAGUCCACCUAUUGCUACUCAUUUCACUUCGUGUUGCUCACCCUCCUCCUCCCCCUAGGCAUCAAGGAGGUCGUCACCCUCACUUCCGAUCUGUCGCGGAAGAACCUCGAGAAGGACUUUGAGCGCAUGGACACUCCGCAGGGCACCUUCUACCGUGUCUACUUCGACAUCUACCUGACCCUGGACGGCUCAGAAUUCAACGCCGAGCUGGUCUGCCAAGGAGAGGUCAUGGGCCGGUGCCGAGCCCGAUUCAGGUAA